GGGAUCAAUAUUCAUUUAAUUCCAAAUUACAAAUGGCGGUGAAUAGCCAACAAAAAUAUUUCUGUUUUAAGGUUUUAUAAUCGACAUUAGUAUUCGUGAAUUUUGCUCUUGACUUAGAAUUUCGAUGGCACAGUAUAUACAAGUUUGUGACGAGGAGGGAGAUGAGCCGAUAGAAAUUCCUAGCGAAGACGACGGCUCGUUGUUGCUUAGCACGCUCGCAGCGCAGUUUCCGGGGGCAUGUGGGAUGAAAUAUAGAAAUCCUAGCACAGGCAAUUUCCGCGGAAUAAGAUUGUCAGAGGGUACACUACAUCCCCCAGAUGGAGUGUGGGGGAAUUUUGUAUACAUUGUCGUAUUUCCUAAAGAUAAUAUAAAACGCAAAGGAGAAGACGCUGCUGAAAACCCACUGGCAAAGAACAAAUGUGUGGACAAACAGAGAUGUAGUGAUCUCAUCGUUCUUGGUCUACCAUGGAAAAGUAAUGAAGAUGAUCUGCGCAGAUAUUUCUCAACGUUCGGAGAACUCCUUCUCGUGCAAGUGAAAAGAGAUCCUAAAACAGGAGCAUCAAAAGGGUUUGGCUUUAUUCGAUUUUUAGAGUACGAUUCCCAAGUGAAGGUAUUGGCACAGAGACACAUGAUUGAUGGCCGAUGGUGCGAUGUGGCAAUUCCAAACUCAAAUGAGGGUGCUGCAGAGAUGGUUAGCAGAAAGGUUUUUGUGGCACGGUGUACUGAAGACAUCACCGCAGAUGACCUGAAAAGUUACUUUUGCAAAUAUGGGGAAGUGUCGGAUGUUUUUAUUCCCAAACCGUUUCGAGCAUUUGCUUUUGUUACUUUUGCAGAUCACCGAGUUGCCCGGGCUCUCUGUGGGGAAGACCACAUUAUAAAGGGGGCCAGUGUUCACGUGACCACUGCAGCUCCGAAGAAUUCGGAUAGAAAUGAAAAUCGAGGGAGGUUUGAUCAUGGGGGAGGUGGGAGGGGUGGGGGACAUGGGGGCUGGAACCAGCAGGGUAAGCCCAUUGCCACUGUAGGGACAGUUCCACCUGUUCCUGACCCAAACAUGGCUAACAGUAUCGGCAUGAAUUUAUUAAAUUCAGCUGUUUUAGCAGCAGCUCAGGCCAUGUUGCAGAGUCAAGGUCAACUGCCAGCACCACAACCCCAGCCAGUGGGUCAAGGUCAUGGAGAUCCAUUUGGUGUUCAGACAACCACUGCCAGACAGACUCAGCAAACAGGGUUCUUUGGAAGUCAGAACUCUGCAGGCUGGGGGAACACUGACACCAACACCACUGCUGGGGGAUAUCCAAACUGGGCAGGGAACUCUCAGCAGAGUGGAUGGAGCUAGUAUAUGUGGGAGAUCAUGAAGUGGGGUGUGCAUCAGAGUGUGUUAUUUUUACUAUGCAGAGUGUCUAGCGGUAUAUGUUUAUGAGGUCACUUGAGCAGUUUCUAGAACUGUGGUUAUAACAUUUGUGUUUUGAUUGCACCAUAGCUAUAGUAGUGCUAUGCUCUUCCUUUAAGUUCUUCAACAGAAGAAUUUAUCAUGUAUAACGCGACAGGUUGUUAAGAACUUCCAUACAAAUGUGGUGUAAAAUGAAAUUAACUUUGAAAUGCCACAAUAACACAUUUUUUAAAGCUGAAGAUUUUAAAAUUUGAACGUAGUUCCACUAUUUGUUUGUUAUGACAUUUUUUUGUUAAACGUGAUUUGAAAAUUUAUCUUAUGUACAUAGUAUUAAGUGAAGGUUUCUGUACAGCAUUCAUCCAUUGUAGCAAUGUGUCCACUGAAGAGCCAUCGGCAUUCCUACUUGUUUUUGUUGUCAAAUACUUCUUUUUUUUUUAAAGAAUGUCUUCUAUAUUAUCCCAAGGAAACCAUUCAAUAUUAGCUACACUGUUAUUUUCAUCUUAUUUUUUCAGGAGUCAAUACUAUUGUAACUAUUUGAAGUAGAAUUCCAAUCUGUAAGAUAAAUAUGAACUUGUGAUCUUGCACAUAAUGAAAAUUGAAUGGACUAGAAGGUAAUAUAAAAUGAGCUGAACUUGAGUGCACUGGAAAAGACUGAAUCAUAUAUUGAGUGCACUGGAAAAGACUGAAUCAUGAAUGGAACAGAUUGAAUCUUGAGUGAUUUGGAGUGGAAUCUUGAGUGAUCUAGAACAGACUGAAUCUUGGGUGAUCUAGAGAACAGACUGAAUCUUGGGUGAUCUAGAGAACAGACUGAAUCUUGGGUGAUCUAGAACAGACUGAAUCUUGAGUGAUCUAGAAUGGAUUCGAAGGUGUAUGGAUGGUUUGGCGUGGACACAGAUGAAGUAGAGUGAUUUUGUUUUUAUGUUGUAUUGUGCAGAAAGAAUUAAAGGGGAGUGUAUAUAUGGUGUGCAAAA